UACUCUUUCUCACUUCGUACCUAUCGUACCCAUCCUAACCAUCAUAUAUUAUCUUGUCGACUUAUCCCCAUCAUAGCCACUGCCCUGUUGCAGCAAAAAGAUACCAAAGAUACCCUUUAUCAGACGAAUUUCCGUCGCGGCAUAUUAUCUCGGCGUCCUUUCAGCCGACUGCACGUCAUCUAGAUCCGAAUUGCUAGGAUAAGGCUAAAUUGCCUCACGCCGCCUCCCACCAUCAAGUCGUCGUCCAGUAAUCAUCUCAUCAGUUGUCAUUCGUAACAGCCACCAGAGUGCAAUGGGUGACAACCGUGAGACCAACGGGUUGACCAACGGUCAUGUCAAUGGCCGCACCAAUGGCUAUACGAAUGGUCAGCGUGCCAACGGCUAUACCAACGGCAACACCAAUGGACAUACCAAUGGCAAUGCCACUACCAAUACCAAUGGCAAUGGCGGUCUAUGGACCAGCAAACGUGCACCAUCGGAAUGGUUUAUCGGUAGUAUAGACCAGGGCACCACGUCGUCGCGUUUUCUUAUCUUUAAUCGCCACAUGGAUCCAGUCGCCAGCCACCAAAUCGAAUUUGAAAAUCUCUAUCCUGAAUCGGGGUGGCACGAACAUGAUGCCUUAGAAUUGCUCAGCUCUGUUGAGUCUUGUAUCGAAAGAGCCAUUGAACAGUUUACUUUCAAAGGUUAUUCCAAGUCCCAAAUAAAAGCUGUAGGUAUCACAAACCAGCGCGAAACCACGGUAUGCUGGGAUAAGAUUACCGGCGAACCCCUAUGCAAUGCUGUUGUAUGGCCCGACACCCGAACCAAGGAUAUCGUCCGAGAUUUGAAGAAUUACCCUGGCGCCCAUGCUAUCCCCGAACUAUGCGGUCUUCCUCUGAGCACUUAUCCUUCCAGCGUAAAACUGGUUUGGCUGUUGAAGAAUAAUCUGACCGUGAGAAAUGCCUACGAAGAAGGCCGUCUCGCGUUUGGUACCGUAGAUAGCUGGCUAAUUUACCGCCUAAAUGGUAAGGAGAAGAAUAUCCAUGUCACGGAUACCACCAACGCGAGUAGGACCAUGUUCAUGAACUUGCACACCCGGCAGUAUGAUGACAGACUGCUCUCCUUCUUCGGAAUUGACAAGAACAAGGUUGCACUGCCCAAGAUUGUGCCAUCGUCAGACCCCGAAGCCUUCGGUACCAUUGGCCGCGGCGCCUUGGCCGGAGUAAGAAUUGCAGGUUGCUUAGGUGAUCAGGCCAGCGCGCUCGUCGGCCAGUGCGGAUUCAAGCCAGGCCAAGCCAAGAACACAUAUGGUACUGGAUGUUUCUUGUUAUACAACGUAGGCCACAGGCCGGUACUCUCCAAGUAUGGCUUGUUGGCGACGGUCGCAUUCGACUUUGGAAAGGGCCGGGAACCAGUUUACGCCCUGGAGGGAAGCAUAGCCGUGGGUGGUUCUGGCGUAAAGUUUUUGAUGAACAACUUAGGAUUUAUUAGAGACUCUAACAGAGUUGGUGAAUUGGCUGAGAGCGUCAAGGAUAAUGGCGGGGUGGUGUUUGUGACCGCAUUUAGUGGUCUAUUCGCACCGUACUGGAUUGACGAUGCGAAAGGUACUCUUUUCGGAAUAACGCAACACACACAAAGAGGUCACAUCGCACGUGCGACACUAGAAGCCACUUGCUUCCAGACUCGCGCGAUUUUAGAAGCGAUGGAGAAAGAUUCAAACCAUAAGCUUGCGUCUCUUGCCGUUGACGGCGGCAUGUCGAACUCAGACCUGACGAUGCAGACACAAGCUGAUGUCACAGGCAUCCGCGUGGAGCGACCGGCAAUGCGCGAGACCACGGCCUUAGGUGCCGCAAUCGCUGCCGGUCUAGCUGUCGAAGGUUGCUGGACUAGCUUUGAGGAGCUCACCGAGCUCACACGCAAAAAGCCAGGUCGUCGGGUUUUCGAGCCCAGAAUUGACCGGAAGAAAGCUGCGCGCAUGUAUCAGCACUGGGAAAGAGCUGUCGAGAUGAGUCGCGGAUGGGUCCGCGACGAUCUCUCUGACGACGAGAAUGAAGCUUCCAGGCCUGACAUCUUCAGGAAACCGACGUUGUAAAAUAUCAGAUGUCGGAGUUGGCGCCCCCUCUCAUUAAUAACCAUAAGUCGCAAUGGAGUGUGACGGGUAGGAGUGGAUCUUGGGCAUGAUAUCUGGUCAUUCACUGGAUGCACGAAGCGCUCAGCGGGCGCAAUGACCUCCAUUUCCUUGCAUUUGGACAUGUUGUUUCGGGAAUAGAUGCCCUGACAUGCAUGUCAUAUAUAGGCGGGCAAGCGUGUAAGGAGGCAAGCUUCAGCAGGGAAAGGCAGCUUACACACCUUUUUACUUAUUUAAACCUACCUUGUUUUGUACGUAGCAAAAGGUCGCACAUGCGGGAGGUUGGAUGGGA